AACACUUUGAAUACAAAACUACAAACGGUAUCAUCAGGAAGACAAACGGAGCCGAUAAACAUGGAGGAAAACUCCUCAAAUGGCUUCCAACCAGAGAUCAACUUGGAGAAGUUGCACAAGAUGGCUGCAGAGCUGAAACUGCCGGGAAAAUUCAUCCUCAGACUCCUGAAUGCUGCUCUGGUGUCUGUAACAAACUUACUGGCCAGGAUUUUAGGAAGCAAGCUGAUCAGAGGACAUUUCCACCUGAUGCUGUCUGCUUUGGUUCUGUUUGGUCCUGUGCUGAGCUUCUGGGUGUCAAAGUACAGCGUCUUCGCUAACAGCAACAACUACCUGUACAGAAAGUUCCUUAAGUCCACUUGGGGUUGGACCUGCGUCUUCACGGGUUCCUUCAUCCUGCUCCUCUCCCUCUCAGCCCGUCACUCCGCCUGUCUCGUCCUCCGCCACCUCUCUCGGAUAGGGGUCGUGGGGUUGCUCUGGUGGGGCUGUCAGCGUCUCCUGGCGCUGCUGGAGGAUGCAGCAGGAACCUGUUAUGAACAGAUGACCCCUGCCCGGGGUAUCCAGGGCACCACCUCCUCGGUGCAGCCCCUACUGCUCCUGCAUGAAGACCGGACAAAGCUCUCCUGCCUCAAAGCCAGCAUGGAGUGGAGAGGUUACGAAGUAUCCCAGGAGGUUCUCAUUGUCUGCUUGUGUUGCCUGCUGCUUGUGGAGGAAAUGUCCGUCUUCGGUCUUCACCUGGAUCAAACAAAGCCUCUGCAGAAGUCGACUGGAGCUCCUUUAAGAUUCAUCUUCCUCCUGUGUGUAGUGUUACUCGCUGUUUGGAUGUUCCUGCUGUUGUGUUUGCUUGCACACUUCCCAAAGUUCCCCGCCCAGCAUCUAGGAGGAGCUCUGGGCUACCUGGGAUGGAGAGGACUCUAUCAGGGGUGGUACAGACUCAAGUUGAGCUGGGGCUCUCCUGCUUUGCCGGGAGAGGGACUCUUUACCACCACGGACAUCGAGAGACAGCCUCAGUAGUGUGAAACCUUAACCUUGAAAUCUCAGGCUCAAGUUUUGGAAAGUCAAAAUGGCUCGUGUUUAGGGCUGUGUAGAGAAUCUAGGUCAAGCAAAAACC